CUCCUCCUCCUCCUCCUCCUCCCCCUCCUCCUCUUCCCCCUCCCUCCCCGUCAUCGGCAUGCGCUUGACUUCCCGCCUGCUGAUCGGCCUCCUGCUCGUGUGCCUUCUGGCGGUGACGCGCGCGGCCGACGCCGCCGCCCCCCCAGACCAAGGUGGCCGCCCCUCCUUGCCGAGCGCUUCGCUUGAGCUGAAUCUCCUUUCCUUCAACAUCCGGUAUGCCAACCCCGGCGAUGCCGAGCACAUCUGGGAAAACCGCCGGGAGCACGCCGUCGAGAUCAUGGGCCAGCGGGGGUACGACGUGGUGGGCCUGCAGGAGGUCCUCAGCUCGCAGCUGGAUUUCAUCAUCGAGCGACUGGACGAGUAUGCGCAUGUGGGCGUCGGUCGGGACGAUGGCCACCAAGCCGGCGAGUACUCGCCCAUCUUCUUCCGCAAAGACCGCUUCGCCCUUCUGGAAUCCGGCACCUUUUGGUUCUGUGACGAGCCUUCCCUCCCGGCCUGCAAGUCGUACGGCAACAGCAUCCCCCGCAUCAGUACCUGGGCACGUCUCCUUGAUUUGGCCUCGCAGAAGCCCUUCCUCGUGUAUAGCCUGCACAUGGAUCAUGUUUCUUCGACAUCGCGGCUGUCCAGCUCCCAGCAACUGGCUCGCACGGUUUCCCUCAUGAAUGGCGAACGCCUGCCGGUCAUUCUGCUUGGGGAUUUCAACAACCAAUCGGAAUCUUCGCCCGAGGUGCUUGCCCUGCAGCGUGAGAACUUCAUCGAUACCUUCCGCGUGGUGAAUCCGCUCCCCUCGCCGGGGGAAACCUUCCACGCCUUCUCCGGCAUGGCCAUGCGCAAGUUCGACUAUGUCUUUGUGCAGGCCGACUCGCCGGAAGCCGCCUGGCAGGUCACCGUCAAGGAUGCCAACAUCAAUCGCGAGUAUCGUCCCGACCCGACCCUUGGUGCCAUUUUCCCCAGUGACCACUUUCCGAUCUGGGCCCAAGUGGCUUUUGAUUAUCCGGAAUCCGAGUGAGCGCCAUCUCCCUCUCUCUCUCUCUUCCCUGUUGGAAAUGUCUGCUCGCCUGCCUGCUGUCCGAAAUAGAUUGUGUCCUUUCAAAGAGACGUGCGAAACCCCCUUGUGGUGGAGGAGAGAGAGACAGAGAGAGA